GCCUUGACAAGAACACUUGCCUUUUAUCAAGAGGGAAACACAAUAGUCUACCUCAUUCGACGAACUAAAUGAGUUUAACAUUACAUGAUAUAUUUAAUUCAUUUUAAAAACACUGUGGAUGUAUUUUCUCUGAAGACAUUCAGGAGAAGGCCCUUGCUUGUUACUUGAAACCCCAUCCGUCCUCUCUGACCUCACACACCCCCUUCCUGCCUCAAAAACGUCCAGAGGAGACCAAGGGGGCCGAGUCUGAAGACAAACGACAGUCUGGUUGAAUAAACCACUCAACAACGAAACAACAACAACCAACAAGUGCUACAGUCCAGAAGCCAAGGAACCAUACCCAUACUCCAUCCAAUCCUUCAGCCAGUCAGUCGGUCCAUCAACCAACCCCAUCCAGACCGUAGCCAUGUUCCAGCGUCUAACCAACCUCUUCUUCGGGAGUGCUGAGGAGCUUCCAGAGGUUCCAGUAGCCCGCGUUCAUGAGGAGGAGGACGAGGAGUGGCAGCUUGUCAACAUCACUGAAGCAGAGCUGGCCAAUGGCUCCAACUCUCCAACAGCAGUGUUAUCGGCCCAGCCCAGCCGGCCACAGUCCCCUGAGGAGAGCAUCGUAGGCCUUAUGAACAGCACCAGCCUGGUAGAAGACGAGGUACCCGUACCGGUCAGCUCCCCGGGUGUCCGGCUGGUGCGUGGGCUGGCGUCGCAGGCGGCGGGCGCCCUGGCCAAGGUCACGAAGGUCACGCGGCUGCAGCAGGCUCAGGCGCGGGCGACCCGCAUGGGCCGCAACUGCAUGCAGCGCCAGAACAACACGCGCCAGAGGAAACCACGACACUCCUCCUCCUCCCGCCAACACACCAAGAUGCUGCAGCAGCCCGGACACCGCAACUUCUGCCACUGAGACAUACACACACACACACACACACACACACACCUGUGCGCCUUAACAUGCUCACUUACAGUAUACACAUACAUUCAUACAAACACAGCUUAUCAACCACAAUUAUACACACUGACACACUUGCAGCUUCCAGCAAAGACGCUGUGAGCAAAUGCAAACACACUCACACAGAAACGCUCACAAACCAUUAUUUAAAAGUAGCAGGUGGAAAAUGCACACCUCAAAGGAGUCUCACAAAGUAGGAAAUAAAAAUCCUGCUCAAACUUGGUGGCAUUUUUGCACAUA